UUGUUUGUUUAUCUAUUUAUUUAGUGAUGCUCAGAUAUCUCAGUCAAACGAAUUAUUAUCAUUUCUUGAUCUACCAGCUCAUGAUGUGAUACAAGUUGCUCAGCUCCUUGCUAAGCAGUUGUAUGUGUUAGGGGAUAAAUUAUUAGAGAAGGAGACGCCAAUAGCACUCACUAUUAAUGACUUGUACUGUAUCACCAAAAGACUAAGACUACCAAUGGACCUGCGCACAAGUUCAGAUCGUUCAUCUGAUUUGGGUCAUCUAUACAGUUUUAUUCACCAGCUCCACAGCCUUAAGGUAAUUCCCCCUCCUCCUCCAGUUUCUGUGACUAGAAUGGCCUUUGAGAUAACACCGUUCAGAUCCCUUACUAUUUUAAAGGUUGACUGUGUUCCAUUGAGUCAAGUGAGUGGGCUAGUUAGGGUCCAGCAACAGUUGGAGAAGGUCUCAGUUCAAAGGAGCCUCAAUACUUUGAGAGAGCUACUGAUUGAUUCAGUUGAAGAGAGAAGAACACAGCAACCUCCUGAGGCUAAAGGAUCCUUAACUGACUCAUGGAGGCUAAUAGCAACUGCUAAAUUCACAACUAACAGGUAA